CUCGGGGUUUCAGUGUUACGGCGGGAGAGCUCCAGAGCGGCCGCACGUCGCGCGCUCCCGACACCACUCCGCGUAAACCAUACCAACACGUAACAUACGACAUCGAUGUUCCAUUUCUAAAUAUUGUUUGAAAGUUUUUUGAAGAGGUUCAGAGUUUCCGCAAUGUAUGUACCGAGGAUUACUUCGAUAAGUGCAUAGCAGCGCACUAUAUCGCGUUGAAGAUGACGCGAGCAUCGACGUCGCCGCCGCUGCGACUGCUGGAGCGGUUCGCGAACAGCACACCGGCCCCCACCACCACCACCGCCAGCACCAAUGUCGCCCCCUCCGUGCCCAAACACAGCGCCAACAACAAGAGGCCCACCCCCAUCAUUAUUUAUCCCACCGUGACACCGGAAUCGAUAGUAGUGCCGAUUGUAUCGUGUAUAUUCGGCUUUCCAUUGUUAGCGCUCACCGUUAUCUGCUGCUUGAGGAGAAGGGCCAAAAUGGCAAGAGAGCGAGCGAGGCGACGAAAUUGCGAGCUGGAUCGGGGGGAACUGUCAGUGGUGAAGAUGUCUCCGGUGAAGACGAAGCCGCGGCCUGUCAGCCUGAUACGUUCACCAAGACCACCGCCUACUCUCGAACUUGACACCGUGCUUGAGGAACGAUCUGACCCUGAACAAACAACACUCUCACAGGUGGAGGUGACGCCAGAUCGAGAGGUGGGCACGAUACUGUUUGGUGCCGUGGGUGCUAUGGGUACGGCAGCGGCCGCGGCGAUGUGCAACCGGGACAGCUAGCGGCGGGGCUCGGUGCAGCCCGGCGCGCGGUCGCCGCUCUGGGCAGCACUCACGAGCCAACCCCUCGACGAAGAUGACGCCGACGACGAUGAAACUGCUGGCGAGGACAGCUAGCAAUUGGACGAGCGCUCCAUUGUCGACAUCGGCGAGCGCAUGAAACUAUUCCUAGACAUCCCACUUAGAUUCUGAAACAUUGUACAAAUGUGUCAAUCAUUACAAGACAUAAAUCAUGUUGUCUGAUUACUUGUGUAUUUUAGUCCUACAUUAGCAAAAGGAAAUCCAUCCUUGUAAUCAAUUACAUCGGCCAUGUUUGUGAAUAAGUAGAUAUUGAGUUUCAGUAUUCCGUGAAUCGAUUUCUCUUAGAAAACGUAUGAAGUGCGCACUUCAUUGUAUAGCUGGAGUGCCAAUGUACUGGUCACAUCUGCCCCAUAGAAAAUAACUGGACAUUGAAUGAGUUUCAGGUCGCGUACAAUAGGCGUGAAAAACCGUAGGAUUUUACUAAGAAUAGUGACCCAGUAUUAAGAAAAAGGUUUAAUAGAAAUCUUAGACUUGCAAAGGCCUACGUAGGUUAUAAUCUAGGUAUUAAUAACCGCGAACUAAGUGAGAAACGUUAAUCAUUAUCUCCAGGCCGCUCUUUUGAGCUUCAUUUAAGCAGAAUUUAACUUUUAAAAGUCAUGCUAAGAUUAAAUUAUUCACCAAGUCGUUCGUUCGAAUUAUUUUAAUCAUUUUAUGACAUCAUUUUAAAAUUGAAAAAUUUAGUUAUUGCUUUUGUAAAAAGUACGUCUAUUCAGAAAUCACGUUAUGUACCUAACUGUAAUAUAACAUAAUAGACCUAAUCGUUAGUUUAGACAUGUAAGGUCAGGGUGGCAUAUUCCGUCUAUGGGGCGUAACCGUCUACUUGAAAUAAUGCUCCUUACAGUCGAGUUACAGCGUUUGUAAUACGGUCGGUAAAACAACAUUACUUUUAACUAUAAAUAAAAUUCAUCAGAUUGGCGUUAGGUGCUAUAAAAACGGGUAAAACAGUCUACAAAGUUUACUUACGUUUUUAAAGUGAAAUGCAAGUGCCCUACGCUCCUGUAUUUUUGAAGAUAAGUUUAAAAUUAUGUUAUUUACAGUGUCGAAUGAAUUCAAUAUAUAUAGUGUAGGGUCGUUUUUUAUCUUCAGUGUAUUUCUUU